GAGAAAUUAGACAACCUUUAAUUCAUUUUAUAAGAAAAAGAUGGCGAGACGAGCAGAUUCGUUUUGUCUCAUAUCAUGUGUUCUUGUCUCGUUUGUAAUUUCAGUCUCUGCAGUGACAGAUGAUUCUCAAGAUAAACAAGUGUAUGUUGUCUACAUGGGCUCACUUCCGUCGUCUCGACUGGAAUACACACCAAUGUCGCAUCAUAUGAGUAUUCUUCAAGAGGUCACCGGAGAAAGUUCGGUGGAAGGUCGUUUGGUGAGAAGUUACAAGAGGAGUUUCAACGGUUUUGCGGCCCGACUCACUGAGUCAGAACGAGAAAGAGUAGCCGAAAUGGAGGGAGUUGUGUCUGUGUUUCCGGACAUUAACUACAAACUCCAAACGACGGCGUCUUGGGAUUUCUUGGGGUUGAAGGAAGGAAAAAAUACAAAGCGAAACUUGGCCAUAGAAAGUGAUACUAUUAUCGGAUUCAUCGACAGUGGGAUUUGGCCAGAAUCCGAGAGCUUUUCUGAUAAAGGCUUUGGUCCUCCUCCUAAGAAAUGGAAAGGUGUUUGUUCCGCCGGCAAAAACUUCACUUGUAACAACAAGUUGAUUGGAGCAAGAGACUAUACAAACGAAGGCACCAGGGACAUUGAAGGCCACGGUACACACACAGCCUCAACAGCGGCUGGAAACGCAGUUAAGAACACAAGUUUCUACGGAAUCGGUAAUGGAACUGCGAGAGGUGGCGUUCCAGCCUCAAGAAUCGCAGCUUACAAAGCCUGUAGCGAGAUGGGGUGUACCACUGAAUCUGUACUAUCGGCGUUCGAUGAUGCGAUAGCAGACGGUGUUGACCUCAUCAGCAUCUCUCUCGGGGCAAACUUAGUCCGCACGUACGAAACGGACCCGAUAGCGAUUGGGGCUUUUCACGCUAUGGUCAAAGGUAUUCUCACUGUGCAGUCAGCUGGUAACGGUGGUCCGAAUCCGGGCUCAGUCAUGAGUGUAGCACCAUGGAUCUUGACAGUUGCAGCAAGCAACACCAACCGUGGGUUUGUCACCAAAGUUGUACUCGGAAACGGCAAGACAUUUGUCGGGAAAUCAUUGAACGCUUUUGAUUUAAAAGGAAAGAAUUAUCCUCUGUAUGGAGGUUCUACUGAUGGACCUCUGCUUAGAGGGAAAAUCUUGGUGAGUGAAGAUAAAGUUAGUUCAGAAAUCGUUGUUGCAAACAUAAAUGAAAAUUACCAUGACUAUGCCUACGUUAGCAUUCUGCCCUCCUCUGCUCUGUCAAAAGAUGACUUUGACUCUGUCAUCUCUUACGUUAACUCCACGAAGUCCCCGCACGGGACUGUUCUAAAAAGUGAAGCAAUCUUUAACCAGGCAGCUCCUAAAGUUGCUGGAUUCUCUUCUCGCGGUCCAAACACUAUUGCGGUUGAUAUACUUAAGGUAUAUAACAUUUACAUGCUCUUGAUUCUUUUUUAUUAUCAUUUCUUGACCUGAGAAACAAUGGUUGGUGGAUGGAUUGCAGCCAGAUGUAACAGCACCAGGAGUGGAGAUUCUCGCUGCGUUUUCACCUUUGAAUUCACCAGCUCAAGACAAAAGAGAUAAUAGACAUGUAAAGUACUCUGUUCUGUCGGGAACUUCAAUGUCUUGUCCACACGUUGCAGGCGUGGCUGCGUACAUCAAGACGUUUCAUCCUGAAUGGUCUCCUUCCAUGAUCCAAUCUGCCAUCAUGACAACUGGUAAGCAAAACUCAUAUCCAAUUUUCAUUUUCUUGCCCGGCAAAUAACUUUGUUGGCAACUCUGUUCAUAAACAGUCUAUCCAUUAACGUUUGCAGCUUGGCCGAUGAAUGCUACCGGAACUGCGGUUGCAUCAACCGAGUUUGCUUAUGGAGCUGGACAUGUUGACCCAAUAGCAGCUAUAAAUCCAGGUCUCGUUUAUGAAAUAGGCAAAUCAGACCACAUCGCCUUUCUCUGUGGUUUGAACUACAAUGCGACUUCUCUAAAACUCAUCGCUGGUGAAGCUGUCACUUGCACUGGCAAGACCUUACCAAGAAACCUAAACUACCCUUCAAUGUCAGCUAAAUUGCCGAAAUCUGAAAGCUCCUUCAUCGUGACUUUCAACAGAACCGUAACCAACGUAGGUACCCCAAACUCAACAUACAAAUCAAAGAUUGUCUUAAAUCACGGAUCUAACCUCAAAGUCGAGGUCUCCCCAAGUGUUCUAUCUAUGAAGUCAGUGAAGGAGAAGCAGUCUUUUACAGUGACUGUUUCAGGGAGCAAUAUCGACCCAAAACUGCCUUCUUCUGCAAAUCUAAUAUGGUCUGAUGGAACCCAUAACGUGAGAAGCCCCAUUGUUGUUUAUACUUAUAGUGUUAGUGACUGAUUAAGCAUUAUCAGAUCACCAUAAUCAUCAAUCAUCAUAUAAUAAAAAUCAAUAUUGUUGUUGUUGAGAAUAGUGUUUCAAUCCCAUUUGAAUCUAUUUGAAUUUAAAACUCAUUCAUACAUUCUAAAAGAAGACAUCAUUUCAAUUCAAGCAUUGUCAAUCAUCUAUUCUCAAGGAUCCAAUUAAAUCAAACUCUAGGUUAAGAUUUUGAUAGACCUCCCAGUAACAAGAAGCAGAGGAAUAUCAGAAAUGCAGCAGAGGAAUAUUACCUCAGCGAAUUGAAACAAUCAUCUACAACGAAAAACUGUAAAGCUACGGAUGAUGUUACCGCGCGAUUCGGACGAUAAUAAGCUUGCUCAUGAAUAAUCUGUUGGAAUUAUGAAUCCUAGGUUAAAUCCUGCAAGAAGAAGAAGCUUCAAUGAGAAGAAGAAGAAGACGCUGACGUCAUGUUCGUGAUAGGAGAAGAAGGAUAGGGUCAACGAA